AUGAAGAAAUUUGUUCAUUCUUCCUCUGCUGUGUUUAGGAAGGCUGCUUGGCUGUCUCUUUCAACAAACAAGAGUCAUCAUCCUGCUGCUUCCAGUCAUCAUUUUCCAUCAUCCAUAGUACAAGUGGAUUCUCUCAUUAAACUCGGAUCUUUAUGUAAUGCGUACAGGCAAAAAUCUAUUCUUUCCGACAUUAAUCGAGCACAAAGUCAGCAACACAAAUCGAAGUCUUCAUCAUCGGACCAACAAGAGGAGCAAAAGAAGAGUUUUUCAGCAGGACAAUCAUCGUCGGGAUCAAAAUUUAAAAAGUAUGCCCUAUGGACAGCAAUAGGAUUAUUGAGCACGGCAGGAUGGAUCGAAUUAAAUUAUAGAAGCAGUCCAGAAUUUUCAACUGGGGACUAUAUCAGAAAAUUAAUCUAUGGACAUCCUUAUAGAAAUUAUUUUAGUACAAAGAAUGGAGUAAUUUUGGAAUUGUCGGUGGAUAAUAAUGCGAGUGUUGCUGAUGCCAAUGAAGUGAGCCCAAGUACAAAGAAGCUCGUUUACAUUUCAGAAGAAGGACAUAUUCACUUGAUUAUUCCUGAUAAUUUUGUUCAACCAGGAUUGCUCGCCAAUGAAUCAUCUGCAUUCAGAGAUUCUGGUAAAUUUCGAUUGACUGAUAUUACAGGAAAUGAUCUCGUUCUUGAAUGGAACAGAAUUAACACAGUUCUGAGAAUGAAUUUACAGUCCACCAUGACGCCUACUGAAGAAGUUUUGAAAGCAUGUGCCUACAAGUAUGUGGAAGCGUUAUUGGAGCGAACGGAUGGAGUCACCAUUCAAAGAACUGAGUAUAUUCACAUUCCUAAUCAAAAAUAUCCUGAAGCCUCUUCUUCAAGAAAUCUUCCACCUCCUCUGGAUCCAAUACCAGAGGAUCUUCCUUACAAACGUAUUGCAACAAAGAGUGGAAUGGAUAUGGUUUUGGUUGUCAGCUCUCAUCCUGUGAGCAAAGACUCUGAAAAGAAGUUGUGGCGUGGAGAUUUGUGGUAUAUUCAUUACCCUUAUGUCUAUCACUUUAGUGUGAAUCAUCCAGAUCAGAACAUCGAAUUGUCCAAGUUUUUGAGUAAUCUGAAAUUGGAUCCAACCUCGCCACAAGCGAGAGAGAUUGUGAAACAAGCUGCCUCUCAAUUAACCAACAAACCUGAAGUUGUGGAACAAAUUACAAACAAAACCUUCUCGCCUGAACGAUUGACACAAGAUCCUGAUAAGAUUGCCACCUUAGUGAGGAAGGAUCUAUUGCAUUUGCAACAUGAUUCGUUCUGCAAGUUCAUUUCUGUGUAG